AUGGAGAUCCCAAACUUGGCGAGAAUUGCAGCGCCUAUGGUCAACCAGUCUGACUUACCGUUUCGGAUGCUCGUCAGGAAAUAUGGCGCGACAGCAACGUACACUCAGAUGCUCAAUCCUGACAAGAUUCUGAAUGAUCGUGACUACUUGGAGUUCCACCAGAGGGACCUUGAACUGGCUUCGAAUGCACCCGACGGGUCUCCCACCAUCGUCCAAGUAUGCGGGAAUGACACAGAACUGGUAGUACAGGCAGCCAAGCGUGUACAGACCUUGUGUCAAGGGAUCGACCUUAACUUGGGCUGUCCUCAAGACGCUGCAAGGGAAGGGCACUAUGGCGCCUACCUCCUCGGUCAGAAGGAUUGGCCCCUCGUCAACGAUAUCGUAUCCUCGUUAUCCUACUCCCUCACCAUCCCCGUCUCUGCCAAACUCCGACUUUGUCAGCCCUCCAUCAAAACACUCGCAUUUGCCACCGCUCUGGAGGCCUCUGGCGCCUCCUGGGUUACCCUUCAUCCUCGCACCGUCUCCGCUAGGCGCAGAAGACAAGGUGCUGCCGAUCUCGAGGUCGUCAGAGCCUUAAAGUCUGCGCUUACUGUUCCCGUCGUCUCAAAUGGCAAUGUUCGUCAUUGGGACGACGUCCCGAAGAACCUUGCGCUUACAGGCGCGGAUGGGGUCAUGGUGGGGGAGACGCUGCUUGGGAAUCCUUGGUCAGUGCUCCAGAUUCGGGCGUUCAGUAAGCGUGCUUUGACGCAUGCUUCAAAAGCAUCUUCGCGGAGAUCUUGCCUGACCCGGUCGCCAUAUCCUGCGAGUAUCUGGAUCUCUGUCGAUCAUAUCCGGGUACAGCAACUUUGA